CUCACUUGAUGUUUAUUGUGUAGUGCAUGGAUCUUUACCGUCUGUUUUGUGAAGUGAUGUACCGAAGUGAUUGAUGGAUGAAGAGUUGCUGAAGCUGGCAGAUCAUCUCAAUGAGAUCUCUCAGAAACUCUUGACUAUUUGUGAGGCUGCUGGUCAAGCAGCACAUCCACAAAGACUUAAGUGUUGCGUAUGUCCACAUACCUCCCCACAGAGGAAAUCAACCACACCUACCCACAGUGACACUUGCGACCAGCCAACCGGUUACCACUUUAUACAUGGUAGAGAGGUUGUCCUUGCAGAUUGUAACUAUGGAUACACUGCAGUGCUAAUGUUGAGGUACUAUGUGGCUGAGGGUGUGAGGCUCUACUCUCAGGAGACCUGGAGGGUGGUCACACAGACCAGGGGAGUGCAGCUGGUAGAGCAGCACAUCCACAAAAUGUUUCAUUCUCCUACUUAGAGAGCUGAGUGGUGUGAGUGGGUGUGGUGACCGAGUGUCCUCCCUCCUCCCCUCUGUGCUGAGACACUACAACACAGACACUACCCUCAACACAUCAACCUCCUGGAGACACUGCUCAAACUGACACACAUAAGUGAACAAGGAUUGUCUGAGACUAUAUACGUGGGACGACUGGUGAGAGUACUGUUGGAGUGUUUCCAUGACAAUAGCCUGCCGUUAAUAGAUGCUGUUGCUUGACUGAAAUGAUAAUUAUACUUGUGCCAGUGGGAUGAUGAAGAGUUGCUCUGGACGACCAACCUGGAGUGAGCUGGGAGACCAUCACGAGGAGCAACUGGCAAAGGAACUCCUGAGGCUGUUUCCAGUGUUUGCCAAGCUACUAGGUGAGAGAGUGUUCAAGAGACACCUAGAGCAUGUAUCUUCUAUGGACUGAGCAGUGACAAUGCCUGGUGCAGUCUGCUGGAGUGGACUGUCUCACCUCACUCUGUCAGCUGCUGGGGAGAAUGAUCCUCAGAGGGAGAAUAGAACAACAUAAUCCAAUAGAGUACUCUGACGUUCCUCUCUGAGGGGUGUGGCUGAUUCAUGUGACUAAUAAUUAUAUUAUGGAAAGGUAU